AUGUCACACUCAAAUUUAAGCCAGAAGCCAGAACCUGAGGUUUGCACUCCCGCACUACCAGCCAGAAGUCAGAACACGAGGUUUGCACCAGUGCACUACCAGCAAAAAGCCAGUACCUGGGGUUUGCACUUACGCAUUAUCAGCCAGAAGUCAGAACCCGAGGUUUGCACCCUUGCACUUCCAGCCAGAAGCCAGAACCUGAGCCAGAAGACAAAACCCGAGUUUUGCACCCCUGCAAUACCAGCAUGGGCCAGAAUCCGAGGUUUGAACUCCCGCACUACCAGCCAAAAGUCAGAACCCGAGUUUUGCACUCCUUCAAUACCAGCCAGAAGCCAGAUCCCGAGUUUUGCACCCUUGCACUACCAGCCAAAAGCCAGAACCCGAAAUUUCCACUCCUGCAAUACCAGUCAUGCGCCAGAACCUGAGGUUUGCACUCCUGCACAACCAGCCAGAAACCGGAACUCGAGUUCUGCACACCCGCACUACCAGCCAGAAGCCAGAACCCGAGUUUUGCACUCCUGCACUUCCAGCCAGACGCCAGAACCCGAGUUUUGCACUCCCGCACUACCAGUCAGAAGCCAGAACCCGAGUUUUGCACUCCCGCACCACCAGCCAGAAGCCAGAACCAAAGUUUUGCCCCCUGCACUACCAGCCAGAAGCCAGAGCCCGAGUUUUGCACCCCCGCACUACCAUCCAGAAGCCAGAACCCGAGUUUUGCACUCCCGCACUACCAGCCAGAAGCCAGAACCCGAGUUUUGCACCCCUGCAAUACCAGCCAGAAGCCAGAACCCGAGUUUUGUACCCCUGCACUACCAGCCAGAAGACAUAACCCGAAUUUUGCACUCCUGCAAUACCAGCAUGGGCCAGAAUCCGAGGUUUGUACACCUGCACUACCAGCCAAAAGUCAGAACCCGAGUUUUGCACCCUUGCACUACCAGCCAGAAGCCAGAACCCGAGGUCUGCACUCCUGCAAUACCAGUCAUGCGCCAGAAACCUGAGGUUUGCACUCCUGCACAACCAGCCAGAAACCGGAACUCGAGUUCUGCUCUCCCGCACUACCAGCCAGUAGCCAGAACCCGAGUUUUGCACUCCUGCACUACCAGCCAAAAGUCAGAACCCGAGUUUUGCACCCUUGCACUACCAGCCAAAAGUCAGAACCCGAGUUUUGCACCCUUGCACUACCAGCCAGAAGCCAGAACCCGAGUUUUGCACUCCUGCAAUACCAGUCAUGCGCCAGAAACCUGA